CAGUACAUUGCCCAACACCAUUUCUGAGCAAUCGGCAUUGCAGUCGUGGAUACUUGCCCACAAGGAUGUCCGUUCGGUCGCCAGUAGUGUGUGUCAAGCAAAGUCACAGCCUUGGAUGCUCAGAGUCACUGCCCAAGGGGGCCGGUUUUCUCCUGAGCCUCGCUGCUGCCCUUACCGUGACAGCAGCUCCUGCUCUGGCUGAAGUCCGCCUGCCACCUAUUGACAGGGAUCCUACCCGCUGCGAAAGAGCCUACACAGGAAACACCAUUGGUCAGGCAAAUGCGGUCUCAGACAAGGUGCUGGACCUGCGUAUGUGCGACUUCACUGGCAAGGAUCUGUCCGGCAAGACCCUCUCGGGGGCCUUGCUGAAAGAUGCCAUCCUGCCCAACAGUACUAUGAGGGAGACAGUCCUCACAAAGGCAUAUGCUGUCGGAGCUAAUUUCUCAGGCGCAGACAUGACCAAUGCGGUCAUAGACAGAGUGGACUUCCGCAAGGCAAACCUGAGCAAUGUCAAGUUUAUCAAUGCAGUCAUCACUGGGACCGCCUUCGACGGCGCCAACCUGGACGGCGCAAUUUUUGAGGAUGCACUCAUUGGCAACGAGGAUGUCAAGCGCUUGUGUUUGAACCCAACUUUGACCGGAGAGAGCCGCAUGGGCGUGGGCUGCAGGAUGAAAUGA